AACAUUUUGGGAUGCAAGACAAACUUUUUGUGGCGUUUUGGAUAGAUGGCAGGUGGUGAAUGAGUAAAAAUCCUAUGCAUAUGUAACUGUUCAAGGUUAGGGUUAGACAAAAUAUUAACAGUGUGGUUAGGUUUAAAAUCACGUUUUAGGAAGAUAAAUUGUAGAAAUAGACUGGGUUUAUGCCUUUGUGGAUGUGGUAACUAGUGACGACAUAGAAUGACCCAUCGAGACUUAUGUUGGUUGCUAGGAUACCACUGGGACUUUGUUGCAAACAUGUCUGACAAUGAAGGAGACCAAGGACCCAAAAGCACAUUUUCUACUUACAUGGCCGAGGGGGACCAGUUGUACCAGAAAGGAGAGUAUGUCAAAGCCAUUGAAAGCUACUCAACGGCAUUGAUUCUUCAGCCAGAUGACAAAAAUUGUCUGGUUGCCAGAUCCAAAUGUUAUGUAAAGAUGGGAGAUUCUGGUAAUGCAUUGAGGGAUGCAGAGGCCUCUCUCAAGGAGGACAAAGAAUUCUUCAAGGGUUUGUAUCAGAAAGCGGAAGCUUUAUACACCAUGGGAGACUUUGAGUUUGCCCUGGUGUUUUACCACAGGGGGCACAAACUGAGGCCAGAGCUGCAGGAAUUUAGACUGGGAAUCCAGAAGGCCCAAGAGGCUAUCGACAACUCUGUGGGCAGCCCCUCAUCUGUGAAACUGGAAAACAAGGGCGACCUGUCCUUCUUCCACAAGGCCGAUGAGGUGAAGAAGGGACGACCGAAGGGGCUGAUUCACCCCCUGAGAAGGGAGAUGAGGCAGCAGAACCAGAAGACGCCUAAGAGUGAGAAGACAGCCAAGCAGCUUCUGGGAGAGCUCUACAGCGAUAAGGAGUACCUAGAGAAGUUACUGAAAGAUGAAGACUUGGUGAAAGGUAAGAUGCGGGAUGGGGAGAGACUGCAGGACCUCAUCCUCAACUGCAUCACCUAUCUGGACACACGCACUGAGUUCUGGCGCCAGCAGAAGCCCAUCUACGCACGGGAGAGAGACCGCAAGCUCAUGCAGCAGAAGUGGAACAAGACCCGGCAGAACCCUCCCUCUGAUCCCACCCGUUUUGUACUCAAGAGCCUGGAAGAGAUUGAUGCAGCUUUGACUGCAGGCAAUGCAGAGAGCAGCCUGAAGAAAGCUCGGGAGGUCCUGAAGUCAGUUCAAUGCUGGUCAGAGGAGGUGGUUCCCAAUAAGAAAGAGGUGCUGGGGAACCUUCACAGCUGCAUUGGAAAUGCCCUGAUUGACCUGGGGAAAAUGGACAGAGCCCUAGACAACCAUCUGAAGGACUUGGACCUCGCCAGACAAUGCAAACUCCCAGAGGCAAAGUCAAGGGCACUUGAUAAUGUUGGCCGAGUGUAUGCCAGAAUAGGAAAGUUCCCACAGGCUAUCGAUGCCUGGGAGGAAAAGAUCCCCCUGGCCAGUGGCGGUUUGGAGAGGACCUGGCUGUUCCAUGAGAUAGGCCGCUGCUACCUGGAGCUGAAGCGUCACACCGAGGCCCGGGACUACGGCGUUCGCUCACUCGCUGUGGCCGAUGAAAUCGCUGAUGAGAAGUGGCAACUGAACGCCUGUGUGUUGGUAGCACAGUCCGAGAUGAAGCUUGGCAACUUUAAAUCCGGUGUUGCCCACUUUGAAAGAGCUUUGGACAGGGCUAAGGUUCUCCAGGAUGACCCUGCUAGGGAUGCCAUCCAGAAGGCUCUCCGUGAGGCAAGGCAACGUUUAUGAGCGCUCAUUAGAAGAUGACUGAAGAGGAGCCACAGACAGAUUGUCAAAGACAAUGUAAUAAAAAUGGUCUUUUUAACAUGCUUCUCUGACCUCCACUUGAGUUUUUUUGCAUACUUUUAUUUUAUUUUUUGAUUUACGUAUUUAGAAAUAGAAACAUUGCACACAUACAAAAUGUACAUACCCCUUACAGAAUAAACUUAGGAGAUACAGCUGAGGAAAGGACUUCACUUGGGUGGGAACAAAAUCGAAUUAUCCUAUGAUGUAUUACUUUGAAAAUCUAUUAUUCAUCUACACAGGGAUUCAAUCAUUACAGCUAUGUAUAGUAUAAUUUGAAGUCUUUCAUUUAUGUGUUUCCUGUAGUAUUGCAAUAAAUGCACGUUUCCAAUGUAAUGUUUUGUAGUGUCUCAUUAAUAAAGCGUUUUGUUAUGCCUUG